GAAAAUCGUCAUCAUCACCAGACUCGAUACGCAAGGUCAACAAGAUGCCGAGCCACAAGACUUUCCGAACCAAGCAGAAGCUGGCCAAGGCCCAGAAGCAGAACCGCCCGGUUCCGCAAUGGAUUCGCCUUCGCACUGGCAACACAAUCCGCUACAACGCCAAGAGAAGGCACUGGAGAAAGACUCGCCUCGGAAUCUAAGCGACGUCAAAACACAAAAUCACCUGGCAUUCCUCGACCCACUUGUACCGACGGUACCGACAUCCGGCUUCUUUGGCAUUUCUCAAUGACAAGUUAAAACAGUGGUGGAUGGCGCAAAAAGCAGAAUCUCUUUGUCGUCUUUAGGGCGUGUGGGAAGGAGGAUGCGGACGCACGGAAUAUUGGGCACGGUUGCCUGGAUUUUUGAUUCUUGAUAUUGCUUCAUGUCACGGUCGGUCAUAGGGAAAGGAAAUGAACCUUUAUUUUUUGAUGUCCAUUUUGCUUGUUUUACCCCAAGUCUCAAAUGUCUUUUUUUUCCUGAGCAUGGUGCCUGUGCUGCUACUCUCUAUGUGAAGGAAGACUCCAUGAACC